AUGUAAGAUGAUUAUGAUGAUGAAGAAGGGAACUUUUAAGAUAAUUAAAAUGAUGAAGAAUAUGAUUAAUUUAAUUAAAAUGAUUAAAUGGAUCCUAAUUAAUUAGAUAGUUGUAAAGACUUUAAUUGUUAUUAUUUUAGUUUAACAAGAUAAAAAUUAAUAAAAUAAAAACCAUGGAAAUUAUUCUGUUGAUCAAUAGAAAUAAAUUGAAGAUAAAAUUUCUGAGGAUUUAGAAGAAAAACUUAAAAUGUUAGAUGAAUAUUCUAAAGACAAAAAUGAAGAAUAAAUUUUGAAUAUAAGAAUGCAUUAAUUAGCAUUAGCAAAAGUAGAAUUAAUUAUUAAUUAUAGAUACUUGUAUUCACUCAUGGUAAAGGACAAUUUAAAUUGGUUAGAGCACAUACAAAUAUAGGUGAAGCAUAUCUUAAUUAUAAGUGUUUUGAAUAAUCUAUUGAUCAUUUAACUUUAGCAUUAAAAAAGAAUUCAAAAUUAUUUAAUGAGGAAUCAGAAAGUAAAAGUUAUAAUGCAAUUAUUCUAACUUUACUUGGUAAAUGCUAUUUGGAAAUAAACAGUUAUGAAGAAUCUUUAGAUUUAUUAAAAAAGGCAUAUGAAACUCAAUGUCAAAUCUAUGGAGAUGAAACUGAACAUUCCAUUUAAACUCUAACUUUGAUGUCUAAUUGUCAUACGUAAUAAUCUAUUAUUUUAUCUUAUUAGAAAAAUUAAAGAUUUUGAUUCAAGUGAAGAAUGUAUUGCUAAAGUAUUUGCAAUUACUGAAGCUAAAUAUGGUUACAAAUCUGAAUAAAGUGCAAUCACAUAUAUUGAAAAAUCUAAAAUUUAUGCUUGUUAAGAAAAUUGGAAAGAUGCUAUUCAAUGUUUAUCAAGUGCUAUUGAUAUGUUAAUUGAAAUUAACUAUUAAAAAACAGAGUAUGUUGCAGAAUUAUAUCAAUAAUUAUCAACUUAUUAUGAAAAAAUACAAUAAAUUGAUGAAUAAAUUGCUUCCUUAUCAAAAGUAAAAUAAAUUUAUAUUGAAUUAUAUACAACAUCAGAUAAAAAAGUUAUUAAAAUCAAAAGAUAAAUAGCAAUUAUUUAAUUAAAAUAAGAAAAACAUUAAGAUGCUUUGGCUGAACUCUAUGAAACAGAAGAUUUAGAAGUUAAAGUUUAUGGAGAAGGAAGUGUGUAAGUGGCUAAAACAUAAAAAAUAAUUGGUAAUAUUUACAUAUUAUUAUUUAAGGAACCAUAUUAUUAUUAGUCUAAGAAUUUAGAGAUGCCCUAAAUUAUUUCUAGAAAAGCUUAAAAACAUUUGAAGAAAAUGGUAUGAAAAAAGCUGUGGCAGAGGUUAAGUAAAAAAUUAAAUGUGCUAAAGAAAUGAAAGAAAAAGGCAAGACAUAAUUUAAUCUUAAAGACAGAUAAAAUUUAAUGCAAGAUUAUUGA